AUGAUUCGUUUCAUUCUCGUCCAGAACCGGCAGGGCAAGACACGGCUCUCGAAGUGGUACGUGCCCUACGACGACGACGAGAAGGUCCGCCUGCGAGGAGAGGUGCACCGGUUGGUCGCGCCGCGAGACCAGAAGUACCAGUCGAACUUCGUCGAGUUCCGGAACCACAAGGUCGUGUACCGUCGCUAUGCCGGCCUCUUCUUCUGCAUCUGCGUCGACGCGAACGACAACGAGCUCGCGUACCUCGAGGCAAUCCACCUCUUUGUGGAGGUUCUCGACUCGUUCUUCGACAACGUAUGCGAACUCGACUUGGUGUUCAACUUCUACAAGGUGUACGCCAUCCUCGACGAGGUGUUCCUCGCGGGAGAGAUUGAGGAGACAAGUAAAGACGUCGUAUUAGCAAGGCUAGAAGAGCUGGAGAAGCUGGAAUGA